AUGACGGUCCACUCGUGUUUCCUCCCGCACACAUUCUUCCCCCGAGACCAGCUUCCCCAGUGCGACCUUGCAGGGGUGUCGUUCUAUUUAUUCACACUGGCUGCCUUUCUUGCUUACACGAAACGCAGAACAAUCGGCUGUACUGGGUACAUCAUUCACCUGCCUAGGCUGCGUCACCAAUUCCUAUAUCGGCCUGUCGAGGAAGAGCGGAGGAGGACGGACAGCCGAAUCAUCCUUCGUCCUUCCCACAGACAAGGGCCCGCGACUGUCAGGAUACUGGCAGGCUCUGCUCUUGACUUUUUAGAAUGUGAUCGGGCGCGCGUUGGCAUCCUUGUCUGCUGCGACAUACUGCACUGCCGUGCCAGGGGUAAGAACUGGAAGAAAGCCAACCAUGUCCAUACAAGUAAGUACUUAAGGGAAAAUCUGACCCGGCGGCUGAGCGGGAGGAGGCCCUUGAAGAGGGAAUGGGGGGAGGAGGAGUGGUAG